AAUAACGUUUCUUGGAAUUGGACUGUGGGCGUGGAAUGAAAAAGGAUCCUGUUGACCAAGUUUCUGUAUCUCCACACUUGCUGACAUGGCCUUCCAUCUCCGAGCACAUGGUAGACUCUUGGAUCUCUGCCCAGUAGCCUCUCCCUGUAGUCGGGCUGUGGACUGUCACUGAAUCUGGCUCCAAAUGCCCACAACUGACAGAGGCCUUGGCAUCUCUACUUGAGGCUGCAGACUACAACAAGAUAACACACUGUGGACUAAAUGACUGAUGAUAGCCCUUCGUCCCUCACCGUCCCGAAGGCUGGCUGUCUAGAUCGAGGCCCUAGCCGGUUCCAUUCCAAGAGAAGGCUGUCUGUCAUCUUGGUCUGCAGAUGGAUGAUGAGUCCUCACUGCAUCCGCACAGGGCAGGAUGAGAGAGGGCGGGCUCUGCUCUCUACCUCUUCUCACAAGGACCCCUUCCGGGUCACUGAGAUUCUAGUCUCAUGACCUUCUCGAAGCCUAAUAUCCUUCAAGACAUCAUCUUUAACAACUGGCGGUGAUUAUGUUUCAACAUAUUAAUGGGCUGGAGAGGCGUUCAGUCCUACACUGAGCCUCAAUUGCUAUUUCUGUUUAAACAUUCUGUUUAGGACUAGAAUGUUCCUAAGUAUAUUUUUUGACUUCUGAAUAGAUACAUGAAAGAACCUGGCUAGUGGCAAGGAACACAGGGACCUUAGUGGGGACACUUCUGGGUAGAGCUGUGUCUGCCGGGCAGUCGCUCACUCACUGUGUCUGUGGGCGGGGACUGUGUCUUCCCUCCCUGUGACCAAUGCCAGCCUGUGGAACUUGGCCAAGCUGCUUGGUUGGCUGCAAGAUUUUGUACAGGCUUAAAAGAUGAUCACACCCCCUCUUCGUCUCUUCAAAGAUACCUCAUGAAGAUUUUUUUUUUUUUUUGAAUGUGCAAGGAAGGAUUACUUGAGUCACUGAUGAACUUUCUUGACAAGGGUGUCCUCUCCAACAUCUCGUCCAUCACCGACCUCGGUGGCUUUGACCCAGUGUGGCUUUUCCUCGUGGUGGGAGGAGUGAUGUUCAUUCUGGGGUUCGCAGGGUGCAUCGGAGCACUUCGGGAAAACACCUUCCUUCUCAAGUUUUUUUCUGUGUUCCUGGGGAUUAUUUUCUUCCUGGAACUCACGGCUGGGGUGUUAGCAUUUGUUUUCAAAGACUGGAUCAAAGACCAGCUGUAUUUCUUUAUUAACAACAACAUCAGAGCCUACAGAGAUGACAUUGAUCUACAGAACCUCAUAGACUUCACGCAGGAAUAUUGGCAGUGCUGUGGGGCUUUUGGAGCUGAUGAUUGGAACCUAAAUAUUUACUUCAAUUGCACAGAUUCCAACGCAAGCCGAGAGCGAUGCGGCGUGCCAUUCUCCUGUUGCACUAAAGACCCUGCGGAAGAUGUCAUCAACACUCAGUGUGGCUAUGAUGCCAGGCAGAAACCGGAAGUUGACCAACAGAUCGUAAUCUACACGAAAGGCUGUGUGCCCCAGUUUGAGAAGUGGCUCCAGGACAAUUUAACCAUUGUGGCUGGUAUUUUCAUAGGCAUUGCAUUGCUACAGAUUUUUGGAAUAUGCCUGGCACAGAAUUUGGUGAGUGACAUUGAAGCUGUCAGGGCUAGCUGGUAGACCCCUGCAACCACUGCUGUCAGACACUGGACUGAUCCCCCCCUGGAUGACUGACCCUCUGUGUGCCGGCCGGCUGAUGGCGGGCUGCAGAGGCCUGCAGUCUCACCUAAUGGAGCUGCCAAGAACUUAACUUUCUGUGGGGGUAGAACUGGGAAAUGCUGCUCACAGACGGAACUUUGAAAAAGAAAAACAAAACAGUGUGCAAGUCGCUGAGUCGAUGUGCCCUGAAUCUCUACUGUAGCCGUGAAUUGGUGAACGGAUGGAUGCUGCCAGAAGGGGAGAAGGGGGGGCUGGGCACCGCAUGCACUUGAAUUUAUGGAGAAUACAGCGCUGUCCACAUCUUGGUUAAAACUUGCACCCUUACCCCCACACCCCAGGGCCGGGUGUCUUGAAAUCUCAAAAUGCGCAUUUCCAGAAGCCAUCGCAUCUGUCCUCCAGAGAAGAAAACAGCUGCCCCCUAUGUUCAGAUUCUGAGAGAGGUGGAAUGGGUCACCUCAUAGCUUCUGCUCUCCAUCCUGAGUUUCCCCUUAAGAGAACUGGGUGUUGGCAGCCAGCUAGGGUGGCAGAGGCUGUGAUCCACAUUUCCACAGGACUGAUGUCUCCUCUGAGUGGCCAGCCUGAGCUCGGUGACAUCCAAGGAGAAAAUGAGGUUAACGAGAGACAUUAAUUAAACACUUCUUCACCCCACCUCACCAGACCAGUGGGUGGGUUCUUCUGAUAUUCUGGAAUACUCUGGGCUGUGUUUUGUGUUUUAUUUCUUUUUAUCAGUUGUUAUUUUGGUUCUUUUUUUUUUUUCUCCCAAAGGCAAAGGCUAUGACACAGUCCCUCUGUAAUGGUUUCUUAUUCAGCUUAAAUAGUAAAUUUUUGUAGACUCUUCACCUGCAUGUACCGUGACCCUAAAUCCACCAUGUUCUUUUCAGAGAGACAUUUGAGAGUGUUCAUUGGUGUUUACGUCAUAGGUAUCCAGCCUUGGAUGGUGUGGUGUGGUGUCCUAGCCACGGCUUUGUAUUCCUGAGGCCUCCCUGUCUUUCCCGGCAUCUAGCUCCGCUCCUACCAUUCCCCAUCCUCCUCACUGAGUGCUUUAAAGCCCAGUUCCAAAGUGGGGUUGACACUGUCAAAAAGCAUUUAAUGAGGUUUUUCUUUUUCUUUUCUUUUUUUUUUAUCCCUUUUUGCAACUUUAGUUUUGUCAGAUAUUAAAUAAAAAACAAGCCUAGUAUAGUGCAUGGCCAGAGCUCUGUCCUCGCUGAGGUAGCCUCAGGGUGGUAACAAAGCACAAAUAUUUGAGGGGCUACACCGAAGCCCGGCCAGGGUUCUGUGACGCUAGGUGGGAAGCCACCUUCAGGUUCUUCUCCUGCCCCGUGCCCACUGGGAGGGUAGAAUUUAGCCCCAGAUUUUCCCCCAGCUUGAGAUAACCCCUGGAUGUUGCGCUCACGGGGAGAUUUUAGUGGGCGGGUUGCCGGGAAGCCCCCAGGCUCUGUGAUAGCAGGAGCUCAUUCGCCAGCCAGCAUUCUGAGUAACGGCACCCCGGUUUUCCAUUUCCACAGCUCGUGCGUUGCCGUGGCUGAGGGAAGCAGUCUGCUCACAGGGAGGUCAGGCACACCUCUAAAGUCUCAUCUCCACCGUUUGGGUGUAUGUGGUUCUGCAUGUUUGUAUUGGUGUCUUUUAUAGGUAGAGAUAGUCAUUCCAUACGGGGAGGUGAGGUCACGUGACUUCACCCCUGUCCAUACCACAGCCGUCGCUUGUGAUGUCCUUCAACGCGGACUCUUGUGCUCUCUGAUUGGCACUUCUGUCUUCUUUAUUACCUCAUUCUCCAGUGAACUGCAUCUGGCCAGUUGAUUCAGAAUCAGGCAAGAUCCCUACCCCGUGGCACAUCCAAUGAAAGCCAAAACACAAGGCCAAGUGAGUUUUAAAUUUUAAUCACCCUUUAUUUUUUACACUCUUGAGUGAUUGUAAUAAAAGCUGUCAUUAAUAAACUCAGUUCUACCUUACAUGGGA